AUGCGCCGUACCACCGCCCUCUGGGCCGCGCGGCUGUUGAGCCUGGCCGCCGCAAGCGCCUCCGCCCGGGCCAGCCCCAACUCUAGCAGCAGCAGCAGCGGUAUUAGUGGCGCCGAGGCCGACGUCAGCCGCGGCGCCGGCCUCUUCUUCGCCGACCGCGCCGUGAAGCUGACGCGGCCGAGUUCCCCGGGCCUCUCGCUCAGCUGCACCCCCUCCAUUCUCAGCUGCGACGCGCCAGACGCGGCGGCGACGGUGCGCCUGGCCACCGCGGAGCCUGGGCAGGUGCCGCUGGCGAAGAUUCAGCUCGCCGGCGCCUGCGCCGUGUCCCUCCUCCGCUCCAACCGCAUCGCGUUUCACUGUAGCGGGGAGGCGGGCCGCGUGCAGCGGCACGAGGUGGGCCUCAAGACCGGCGACAUCCUGGCCGUGCUGCGGGGGUGUGACCGGAUGCGGGGCUGGGACUCCCUCGAGCGCACGCUGCGCAGCGUCGCCGGCGAGGACCUCGAGUACACCGCGGAGGAGGUGCUGCUGCGGCUGGCCUCCGACGCCCGCGCCGCGGGGGGCGACUGCAGCGACGUGCUCUCCACCGGCGUGGCGGCGGCGGCGGCGGCGGCGGGGAACGGGGCGCCCAACGGCGUAUGCAUCAUGGCCGUCGUGCGCCACUGCCCCUCCGCCCGGCUCCCGCAGCCGCCCUUCCACCUGCAGUGCUCCAUCGGCUGA